CGUGAGCAAUCGAGUGCGGAUGGCGGUUGGGUCGAUGUGAUCGGUGAUCACAGGGUUGCCCGGAGACGGAGUCCUACAUUGUCGGUGGCACUGGGCCGAUGUGCAGAAAAACAGCCCUCAGAAGGACAGGAAGACUCUAGAUGAGUGGUGGAUUACCUGACAUUUGGCUCCUCAUCCUUUUUUUGAGAAGAGCAACCUGACUCUACUGCCCAGAUUAAGUUCUGAACUGAUAUCGGAGGCCACCAUUAAAUUACUGAGCCAGAAACUCUAAAUUGAAGGCUACCUAUCUUGACUGAGGGUUGCUAACAAUUAUGGCAAUCUUCCUGGCUUUAUGUCUGCUAAAUGGAAAGGCAACACAGGAGUAUUAAUAUUGGUAUCUGGCUGAGGGAAAUGGUGCAAAAAGAGAAGGCGGGGAUCCUGCGAACAGCCAUACAAGCUGUGGUGCACCUCUGAAGCAGACGUGACUGAAACCACGAAACCAGAGAUAUGGAUCCAGCAUUGUUGAAAGAAAGGGAACUGUUUAAGAAGCGUGCUCUUUCUACUCCUGCUGUUGAGAAACGAAAAGUCUCUUCCUCUUCCGGUUCAUCUAGUUCUAAAAAGAAGAAACUCAAGCCAGAUCAGGGAAAUUCCUCAAAACAAAGUUCAGAAAAUGGAUCCUUUGCCUAUAAAGCACUUCCAGGGAGUGCUGGAUACAAAUUUGGAGUGCUUGCUAAAAUAGUUAACUACAUGAAGACCCGCCACCAGCGUGGAGAUACCCAUCCACUGACACUGGAUGAAAUUCUAGAUGAGACUAAACUCUUGGAUAUCGGCAUGAGACAAAAACAAUGGUUGAUGACGGAGGCAUUGACAAGCAACCCAAAAAUUGAUGUAACAGAUGGAAAAUAUGCCUUCAAACCCAAAUACAAUUUAAAAGAUAAAAAGGCUCUUCUGAGACUUUUGGACAAGCAUGAUCAACGAGGUUUGGGAGGAAUCCUCCUGGAAGAUAUAGAGGAAGGCCUACCAAAUGCACAGAAAGCUAUAAAGGUAUUAGGGGAUCAAAUUAUUUUUGUGACAAGACCAGACAAGAAGAAGAUUCUCUUCUAUAAUGACAGGACCUGCCAAUUCACAAUGGACGAAGAAUUUCAGAAGCUAUGGAGAAGUAUUCCAGUGGAUUCAAUGGAUGAAGAGAAGAUUGAGGAGUAUUUGAAAAAGCAGGGCAUUUCCUCAAUGCAGGAGACAGGACCAAAGAAGGUGGUAUGUGUUCAGAAGAGGAAAAAACCUGCUUCUCAGAGAAGAAAAUUCAAGACACGCAAUGACCAUCUGGCAGGAAUACUGGAGGAUUAUACUGAAGGAGUAUCCAGCAAAGACUAAUGACCCCAACGAGGAAGUAAAGGGAGGACUGAUUGAUACAGCAAAAAAAACUGCAGUUGAUGUCCAGCACUGGAAUACUGAGCACAACAUUUUUUACGGUUCCUUUUGUCAGUUACUUAUGCUCUCUGCAAUGGCUGAUUUAAAGAUUGUAUUCUGGUUUUGCACAAUUAACCAAUAGGAGGAAGGCAACAAAUUGAGGUUGUGUUUUUUGGUCGGUUUUUUGCUCAGUAAAAUGUGAUGUCUGCAUCAUUUAUUUACAACUUCCUUUAAGUUCUAUAUUGAUUCUAGGAACGUUAUACAAUAAAUAGUAAACAAGAUCCUUUAGAAUUGUUUAACAGUUGAUGUCUAGUAUCUCUUGUAAUCGAUGAGUGCCCCACACAGCGCUACACAGACCAGUUGGAAAUCCCACUCCCAUUUCACAACUGUAAAUUCACGGAAAUUUGGGAGUCUCCUGUUUGUACAUCAGGUAGUGGAGUAACUG